CUCAGGGGGACCCCAAUCCAUCAGGUCCACAAUGCCGCAGGUCUGCGAAGCCAGAUUUGGGCGUGGCCGCGACCCCUCGCUGGUCACCUCCCAACCUCCCACCGCCGGCAAAAUCCUCACCUCUCUCCGUACCGUCAGCCAAGAGCGAUCGGCCUUCUCCACCACGGUUUUCAGCAACGGCAUCCCGAAACGGCGCCCCCUGCCUCCACCUCCGGUACUGGAGGAGAAGAUCAAGGCGGAGCGCGGACGCAGCAUUCAGCGGGCGGAGUCCUCCAGCAGGAAGGGACCCAUAAAGGCCGACCACUUUCUGGCAGUUGGCAGCGGCGCUCCCGUCACCAAACCGCCGGCUCAGCCUCUGGCGCCAAGGCCGGGAAGCUUGUCGCGGUCUAAGUCGGUCAGUUAUGGAGACCUCAGCUCUGCCGGAAACAAAGUGGAAGAGAUCAGCAAAGGACUGUCACGGGUGACGCUCAGGGAGCGGAGCGCCUCCUCCAGUAGGAAGCCGCCGUUGGACCCCGCCGUGCUGAAGAGGAGCAGCUCGCUAAAGAGGCUGAAUUCCUUACCAACAAUGGAGGCUCAGCACCAACCCGGCGCCGUCUCCGUGACGCCAUUACGACCCAACGCUUCCACCAAACCGGCACCCCGAGAGGCACAGGAGAGGAAAGACUCGCAACAGACCCGACCCUCCUGCAGCUCGCCAACCACAGACACCCCAACCGUCAUCAAUGGGACCAAGACGCAGGAGAGGCGACCGACAUCAUCUACACCAGUACGUGUGUCGGAGCCUGCUCGUGUUCCCGUCCUCGGAUCCGGCCAUGUUGGGCUGCGGAAUUUAGGCAACACGUGUUUCCUGAACGCCGUCCUGCAAUGUUUGAGCAGCACCAAACCGCUCCGGGAUUACGUCCUGCGCCAGGAAUACCGCCAGGAGCAACACACAAGCUGCCGGACGCAGCAGGAGCUCACCGAAGCCUUCGCUGAUGUCGUCGCUUCCCUUUGGAGCUCUGGAGGCUCCAGACGCAGCAAACCCGUCCCGUCUGCGAUCGGUGUUCCAGAAAUACGUCCCGUCUUUUACUGGAUACAGCCAGCUGGGACGCUCAGGAAAAUUCCCUCAAGUUCUUCAUGGACCGGAUCCAUGUGGAGAUCAACAGGAAGUGCAGGAAAACUCCCAGCAUCCUCUCUGAUGCCAAGCGGCCCGUGUCACUGGAGCCUCAAGACUCACUCAGCGACGAUGAACGAGCCAAUCUGAUGUGGAAGAGGUACCUGGAGAGAGAGGACAGCAAAGUUGUAGAUCUGUUCGUUGGCCAGUUAAAGAGUUGCCUUAAGUGCCAAUCGUGUGGCUACCGGUCGCCGACCUUCGAGGUGUUCUGCGAUCUCUCCCUCCCCAUCCCGAAGAACGGUUUGCAGGCGGCAGCUCUGGAAGGUUCCUAGGGGCAUGGGCCGGUAUUGAUAUUUUCGGCGGUGGAGUGCGGCACUCCCCCCGGCACCGCCUUGUCAGCCGCACAGACCGCACACGGUUGGAGAUUUUCCUUAACGCCCCGCCCACCAGACCUCAACCGGUUCUCCACCACGCGGUUUUCAAUCAAGAAGUGCGCGGCGUCCGUGGAGUUCCCCGUUCACCGACUCAACCUGAAGGAGUUCGCCAGCGAGAAGGCCGGGAGCCCCGUGUACAACCUGUACGCCCUCUGCAACCACUCGGGCAGCGUCCACUACGGCCACUACACCGCCUACUGCAAGGACACGUCCGGCUGGUACGCCUACAACGACUCCAGGGUGACACCCAUCAGCGAAAGCACGGUGCAGUCCAGCGAGGCCUACGUCCUGUUUUACGAACUGGAAGACUCCUGUCUGAAGAAGUGA